AUGAAGUUGGACUCGAGACAGUUGCGUUACCUCACAGCCGAGGACUGGCGAGUCCUCACGGCGGUUGAAAUGGGCAGCAAGAACCACGAACUCGUCCCUACCGUCCUGAUCGCCCAAAUCGCCGGUCUCAGAGGAGGCAGCGGUGUCCACAAGAGUAUUGCAACUCUCGCAAAGUCUGGUCUCAUUGCCAAAAUCAAGAAUGCAAAGUACGACGGCUACCGCUUGACCUACGGCGGCCUCGACUACCUCUCCCUCAAUACCCUACGCAAGCAAGACACCGUAUUCAGUCUCGGAAACCAGAUCGGUGUCGGAAAAGAAUCAGAUAUCUAUGUCGUCGCAGACCCCACGGGCAAACAACUCGUCCUCAAGCUUCACAGACUCGGUCGCAUUUCUUUCCGUACCGUAAAGGCCAACCGUGAUUACCUGCGCAACCGCACUACUGGAUCAUGGAUGUACCUGAGUCGUCUAGCAGCCAUGAAAGAGUUCGCUUUCAUGCAUGUCCUCAAGCGCGAAGGCUUCCCUGUCCCCGAACCUAUCGCCCAGACCAGACACACUCUUGUCAUGGAACUCAUCGACUCCUUCCCUCUCCGCUCUAUCGACAACGUCUCCGACCCACUCACACUCUACGGCGACCUCAUGGAUCUGAUCGUACGCCUCGCAAAGGUCGGCUUGAUCCACGGUGAUUUUAACGAAUUCAACUUGCUCAUCAAGGAGGACCCCGUCACCAAGAAGUCCACUCCCAUCCUUAUCGAUUUCCCUCAAAUGCUUUCCACAACACACGAAAACGCGAAAUGGUACUUCGAUCGCGAUGUCAACUGUAUCAAGCGUUUCUUCUCCCGUCAAUUCAAAUUCACAUCUGACGAGCCGGGUCCUUUCUUUGAGGAUGCCAUCAAGGACGCCGAUAAAAACAAGCGCUUGGAUAUCGAGGUAGAGGCCACUGGCUUCAGCAGAAAAAUGGCAAAGGAUCUAGACAGAUUUGUCGAGGCUGUAGGCUUCCAGAACGAAGCCGACGAGGACACUGCAGAGGUUCAAGACGGCGAGGAGAACGAUCAAGAUGACGAGGAAGAAGAGGAAGAGGAGGAAGAAGAGACAAAUUCCAGAGAAGACCAAGUCGAGGAAGAGCUGGCCGAACAAACCCACGCAGACUCUCUGGAGAACCCUCAGGUUGACGACCCCAAACUGGCAGAAGAGCUCGGAAGCCUAGGACCACAGGACUCUGCACCUGCCCUCACAGCUGAGAAUCUCGCAAAACAUCUGGAGCCCUUAAAUCUGCAAGAUCAACAAGCCGAGUACAACGCUACGGUAGAGCAGCAAAAGAAAAAGAAGAAGGCUGCAGGCUGGUCCAUCUAA